AUGCGCGCGCAACACGGUACCGCGCCUCCCGCGCUCUUCUUGACGCCCCGAUUACGCCCGAUCCCUUCUCGCCUCAGACCUCGUACCGCUAAAGAGACCUAUAAAUCGUCAUAUGCGCAAGUUAAACCACGUGCAAACAAAAUGGAGGUGCUCGGCGAUAUUUUGCAGCCUUACAAGGACCCGGUAGCGAUAAUUACGCGUAUCGUCACUAUGAGCCAAAUGUUCUCUGGAGCUUUCGUUUGCUUAGAGAUUUACAAGCAAGGUAGCACGAAGGAAAUGGGGAUUAUGCACUUCCUAGGCGGUCUUAUGAUGGGUGUCCUCAAUUUAAAAUUUGGCUUCAUACUCCGCGACGAUACAAUGAUCCAAGUAAACUUUUUCGGUGUAACGCUAAGUAUUAUUUACUUGAUAGUAUUCUAUACUUACUCUAAGCAUAAGUUGGUGGAGAACUGGCUCAAGACGGGCGCGGCGCUGGCGGUGUGCGUCGGGUUGAUUGUGUACGCGGAGAUGGAAGACCCUAAGCUCAUUAAAAAUAGAUUUGGAAGUAUUAUCUCAGCGUUCGUGUUCUAUUUGAUCGCUUCACCAUUGUUAAAUUUGAAAUAUAUAAUAAAAAACAAGAGCACUGAAGGCAUGCCGUUCCCCAUGAUCUUAUCUGGAACCGUCGUGACUUUCAUGUGGCUUUUGUAUGGAAUCAUCUUAAAGAAUAAGUUUAUUGUGUUCCAAAACAUGGUAGCGUUUUCUUCCUGCGUAUUCCAACUUGCUCUCUUUGUAGUGUACCCGUCGAAACCCAAGAGCAAGGCCAAGGCGAAGAAAGUCAAC